AUGCCACCCAAGGACGACAAAAAGAAGAAAGACGCCGGAAAGUCUGCCAAGAAAGACGAAGACCCAGUGAACAAAUCCGGGGGCAAGGCCAAAAAGAAGUGGUCCGAAGGCAAAGUUCGGGACAAGCUCAAUAACUUAGUCUUGUUUGACAAAGCUACCUAUGACAAACUCUGUAAGGAAGUUCCCAACUAUAAACUUAUAACUCCAGCUGUGGUGUCUGAGAGACUGAAGAUUCGAGGCUCCCUUGCCAGGGCAGCCCUUCAGGAGCUCCUUAGCAAAGGACUUAUCAAACUGGUUUCAAAGCACAGAGCCAAGUAAUUUACACCAGAAAUACC